AUGCUAGCAUGUGAAAGGAAAGAGAAACCAAAUAUGGCCGCCGCCACCACCAACAAAAAGAUGAUCACUGCCUUGCUGUUUAUGUUCAUGGUGGUGAUAGCGUCGGCUGUGCCCGAUCGGGCCGGACAAGUUACGAACCUGCAAGAAGCCUGCAUAACCAGAUGCAUGGACAACUUAUGCCCCGACAAGCCGAGGAGCUAUGCUAUUUGUGCUUUGGAAUGCGAUGGAUACUGUGCAGGUGCCUGCUUUGGAGGUCCUGAAUUCUGCUAUUUCAAACCUGGGAUUCUGAUGAAGCUCUAAAUCAUGCUACUUGUUCCACAAGGCAGCCUUCCAUUCAUCAAUCACUUCAUAAACUAUGCAUAAGAGGGAGGCAAAUAUGUAUGUGUUGUGUAUUUGUGUGAAAUAAUAACCUCUUGGGCUUAUAAAUAAAAGCUUUGGGCUUAUAAAUAGAAGCUUGGGAGAUUCCAACGAAUAAUUGUCGGUGUGUAUCGUACGUUCUGCAUCGUUGUUCUUGUUAUAAUAAAAUGUCUAUAAUGAA